GAAGAUGAUGAAAAGACAUCCCCAUUACUAUUAAAGAGGCAGAUAGGGCAGAAAACCCUUAACAAGGAGAGGAGAUGGCUGAUGCAGGAAGCGGGGUUAGUUGCAAUGAAACGUGCGGGUGCCCUUCACCAUGCCCGGGUGGGAAUGCUUGCAGGUGCACAUCCGGUGGUGUUGGGGACCCAAGCAUGCAGCACUCGUACUGCAAGUGUGGGAGCCACUGCAGUUGCAACCCAUGCAAGUGCUCGACGGAGAGUUUGGAGACUGGAAAAGCCUUUUGCAAGUGUGGGGAAGCUUGCACGUGUGCAACAUGUGCCUCAUGAAUAGAGUUUGAAAAUCUUGUAUGUAUUUACGUACCUUAGCUUUUGGUGGUCCUACUGUCUUAUAUAUA